AUGGCGGAUGGGUGUUAUGCAUACCUCAAUGAGCAAUUCGGCGCAGAAAUCGACCAGAAGAUGCCCGAAAUUUCGAAGCGCCUCCACGAGCAAAGACGUGCGGUAUGGAAUAGGAAUUCCACGCGAAUUCAGCUGGACUCUAGGUCGCUAUCCAGCCUCGAAACUCACGACGAUUUUAACAAUAUCUCGACUGAAGACGUCCUGACUGAUAGCUCGGACGAAUUUGCCCUGACGGUGAAGCCUCAUCUGUUAAAACGGAAGAAAGUGUCAGUCUCAUUUGAAAACGUCGAUGAUCCCACUGACAAGAGAGAACUGAGCUGUGAGCAUGGAACCAGGUCCAGGGACCUAUUACGAAGUGAUCUUGCGGUUGAUAGAAUUAAGCUCCAGCCAGAGCGGGGUGGGACAUGUCUGAAGCCAUCUGUAAUGACGGCCUGGGGAUGGCCACGAAGAGCUGAUGAGCGCUCUAAUUCGAGAAGCCGUUCAAGAAGUAGGCCAAGAAGUCGAUCAAGAAAUCGCAGAACCAGUUCAGAUUCUCGUGCUCUUUCCGAGAUCAGCACGCGUGGCCGAAGCAUAUCGAUCGAACGUACCAGGGGAAGGCCCUUCUCUGUGACUCCUGCCAACGUUGAUGCUGCGUCGCACGUAGGGUACCAACCCCAAGUACACGAGGAAAUACAAAAAGAAGCAAGGUCAACCAAAGUAGUACCUCUGCCAUCGAAGCCUGAAACGGCUGCAGAGGUCGUGCAGGGGAUGAUGAAGAAACUUUCAAACGAUAGCAGUUCUUCCAUGGAGGGGAUAAUUGACGACACGAGUCCGAUUAUUGAAGACCCCUCAUCCUUUCCUGAGGUUCCGGCCAUUGAUCAGAAAUGCCGCGCUUUCUCACCGUCAGAUGAGCUUCGACAAGAUGACCCCGGGAUAGACUACCGUCGCAAAGGAGUGCCCCAUCAAUCUCUCCCUCAAGUCAGCGCAGAGCAGAAAGGGGAAAACUCUUCAUGGUACCAAGAUGAGGCGAAAAAUACAAGCAGCCCACCGUCAAAAUUGGAUACAACAUCAGCUGGCCCCAGGAAACCGGGAAGAGAGCAGUUGCGAAGUAGCUCCAUAGGUUCUACAGGCAGUGAUGAAAAAGUCUCAAAGGUAGUCACGAAGCCGGACAUCGACCAUCGUCGGUCUAGAAGGGAGGUCGCCAAGGAUGAAAACGGCCAAACAUUAGAUUUAAACAGAAGAGAGGGAUCAAGGGAGGAACGGAUCACGGCUGCCGAAGAGGACAAGAACGUGGUCCAAGAUGUAUCUUCUCGGACUCGCGGAGCUGCUAGUGUAGAGGACUGGGCUGAACUGGAGACAAAGCGCGACGGUGGAUUUAAUGAACGUGAUACGUUCUUGAUGACGCCUAAGAAUAAGAUGGAAAAAGAACCGGUUUCACCAAGUGGAUUCGCUGAAGAUACUGAUCGAGACAAAGAGGCGGAAGGCGAUACGCCGAGAUUUGCUAACCAAAAGGAAAAAAGCCAGGAGAAGAAUCAGAUCGUCAUACAUCGGAACGUGACAGGAUCAUCUGGGCACUCUAUAAUAAUAGUCUAUGUAGGGCGUUUUCUUAUCGGGAGUAAUAGUUUUUAUAUCGUUACUGUAGGCCCAGCUAUCCUAUUUAGGUAA